GAGCUGCUGCCACUUGUGUUCAUGUUUGAGCUGCCCGUCACACCCACCCUGGUGCCGGUGCCGGACGUCACAUCCCCUUUUAUCCAGCAGCUGCAGCAGACGCACAAUGUCACCAUUAACUUCAAGCAACGCCCACGAUCCUACGCUACUACGGCCGUUGUCAGGGGUUCGGUCCAUGGGGCUAAGGGUGUCAAACAGGCGACUGCCUGCCUCAUGGAGCAGCUGACAGGAAAUAUAAGCCUGACAGUGUCCAUGCAGCUGGAAAUCGCCCCACAACAUCACAUGUUCAUCAUCGGGCGAGGGGGCUUCAACAUCAAACACAUCAUGCAGCAGACGGGGGCAAACAUCCUGUUUCCGGACCCUAACAUGGCCACUCCUCAACGAAAGGGAACUGUUUUUAUUCAUGGGAGCAUUGAGAAUGCCUUCCUGGCAAGACAGCAUUUGAUAUCUGUGAUUGUAAAAAGUAUUGAGCGGAAUGCAGCCAAUAUGUACCUGACAAGAGAGGUUCUGCUGGGGAUUAAGCCCGAUGUCAACAGCGCUUUUAUCGCAUACUUUGUGUGCGUUUUUAUCCUAGGUUUACUUAGCCCUCGGAUGCUGAGUGUCAGUACAACCAGUUUUUUGUUAAAUGGUCAGUCUCACAUGUCCAGCAUCAACCAGUCUAGCUGCCAGCCCAGUCCGGUCAUCAGCCCCAGCCAUUGGCUGAACCAGAAUCCACUGCCAGCCAUCUUUAGCCCUCUCAUGGUCGUCACACCAGCGACGGCACUGACUCCAAUGGAUGUGCUCAGCCCCAGCCGCGGCACUAACGGGUUCCGUCACGACUUCAGCAACAGUGCAUUUAUCAGAGUGCCCUCUGCACUUGAGCCAGGUCAUAGCAGUAACAACAGCAGCUCGACAAGCCCGACGCACUCAUCUUCGAACAGUCCUACCACUGUGGGUUUAUGCAAUACAGCAGCUGACCUGGCCAGUUUGCAGAAGUCAGGUACUCUUGGAGAGUACUCGUCCCACGAAGUUGCCGCCAACUUGUUGACGGGGCAGAUCCACCACCUCCACCACCACCACCACCAUCAACACAUGCACCAGAAUCAUCAUGUGCCACAGCAUCAGCACCCGCUUCAUCACCACCACCACUCCCAGCAUUCCCUGGAUGUCCUUGGAUUAAACAAAACAUCUUCAUUGACGCAGCUGAGCAGUUUAGCUCAGUGCUCUUCACCCACACCCAUGUUUAAUGGAAUCAACCAUUCUCAUGGGCACUUGAUGAAUGGAGACAAGCUACGAGAGUCCCCAGUGAGAGAUGAGGACCCAUCAGAGAAGCUAGCCCCAGGAAUUGAAAGAAAAAACAUGACAGCAUCCUCUCUCCUGUCCUCCCCUUUCCAGUUUGCCUUCGAUUAUGAACAGAAAAAGUUGUUGGCCAUGAAAGCCAUGCAGAAAAAGCCAGAAGGGGAAUCUCGAAUCCCAACUGACAUUUGGGCAGGAAUGGGUUUCUCAAAGUCAAUGCCAGAGUCUGCCAUUCGGGACAAGCUGGGACAAAUGGGCAUCAGUGCACGGGUCACAGACCCAUCCUUAAACAUGGGAUAUGAGGCCAACCGUCCGGAGAUUGACUUAAACAUUGACAAAGAUUUGUGGAACGAUGACAGAAGUCCAGAAAGAGGACUGACCACCAGACCUUUGAACAAGGCUCCAGGAGAGUACCCAAGUCCUCGCAAAAAAUUCCAGUAUCUGAGCCACAGCAACCACGCAGACAGCGCCAGCAUGCCCAGUAAAUGUAUGUGGACCACCAAGACAGACCUGGCCGAGUUGUUCAGUGCCCUUGGCCUGGGCAAGUACACAGAUCUGUUCCAGCAGCAGGAGAUUGACCUAUCUACGUUCCUGACCCUGUCUGACCAUGACCUGAGAGAACUUGGAAUUUCCACGUUUGGGGCCCGGCGCAAGAUGCUUUUGGCAAUUGCUG